GGGAACUCUUGACUCUGUUCAGCUCGCGGAGAAGCGAGAAACCUGCACCGCCUUCUUGGGUGGAGAACCUCCAGGGGACAACCACGAUUCUGCCUCUCCUUUUCCAGACCGCUUUCCCGCUCGCCAAGCCCCACUCACCAGGUGGCCAUGGCCUCAUUGCCGACUCAGGAUCCCGGGGGCCCUGACUUAUUUUCUGGGCUGCCGCCGGCAGCCUCGACUCUAGCCAACCACAGCGCAGAGGCCUUAGUGGGCAAUGACUCCGCGGCUGGUCCAGGCGCUCAGGCCAUUACGCCGUUCCAGAGCCUGCAGCUAGUGCAUCAGCUAAAGGGGCUGAUUGUGCUGCUCUACAGCAUCGUGGUGAUCGUGGGGCUGGUGGGCAACUGCCUGCUGGUGCUGGUGAUCGCACGGGUGCGUCGGCUACACAACGUGACCAACUUUCUCAUCGGUAAUCUGGCCUUGUCGGACGUGCUCAUGUGCGCCGCCUGCGUGCCGCUCACGCUGGCCUACGCUUUCGAACCACGCGGCUGGGUGUUCGGCGGCGGCCUCUGCCACCUGGUCUUCUUCCUGCAGCCCGUCACCGUCUAUGUGUCGGUGUUCACGCUCACCACCAUCGCGGUGGACCGAUACGUUGUGCUGGUGCACCCGCUGCGCCGGCGCAUCUCGCUGCGCCUCAGCGCCUACGCUGUGCUGGCCAUCUGGGCGCUGUCCGCGGUGCUGGCGCUGCCGGCCGCCUUGCACACCUACCACGUCGAGCUCAAGCCGCACCGUGUGCGCCUCUGCGAGGAGUUCUGGGGGUCCCAGGAGCGCCAACGCCAGCUCUACGCUUGGGGGCUGCUCCUUGUCACCUACCUGCUCCCCCUGCUGGUCAUCCUACUGUCUUAUGUCCGGGUGUCGGUAAAGCUCCGGAACCGCGUGGUGCCUGGCUGCGUGACGCAGAGCCAGGCUGACUGGGACCGCGCGCGACGCCGCCGCACCUUCUGCCUGCUGGUGGUAGUUGUGGUGGUGUUCGCCGUCUGCUGGCUGCCGCUGCACGUCUUCAACCUGCUGCGGGACCUCGACCCGCGCGCCAUAGACCCCUAUGCCUUUGGGUUAGUGCAGCUGCUCUGCCACUGGCUAGCUAUGAGCUCGGUCUGCUACAACCCCUUCAUCUAUGCCUGGUUGCACGACAGCUUUCGCGAGGAGCUACGCAAGCUAUUGCUGACCUGGCCUCGCAAGGUUGCACCACAUGGCCAGAGCAUGACAGUCAGUGUGGUCAUCUGACGUCACUGCACCGGGUCUUGGUUGGGGAGGUUCAAGUCCCCUGGUCUCUGAGGGUGCUCACCCGGAGGCAAGACUGGAGAGCUUAUUCCAGACCUAAGCUAAUUCUAAACCAUUUCCUGGCAAAAUGUCCAGCUGUCUUGGCUUGUCGUUGUGGUUCUGUAAAAUAUUAAGCAGGCUUUGAUGAGAGUCUUGUGCUUUGCUUGGAGGAGGCCGGGAGAGAAAAUGUGGAUUAUUAUUUCCUUCUUAUGUCCUUAAAGGCCAGACAAAGCUCUUUCUCCUGAUUCAGAGCAGUAUUUCAGAACCAUGGCUAUUUUCCUGCUUUCCUUUCUGCUUGCUCAAAGGGGAGAUGGAGGAACAAUGAGGAUGGGAUUUUAAAUGACUCUUGGGGUUGGUAAGGCUUUUCAAGUUGCCUUUUAGAAGGGGCUCAGCUGAAAUGGAAUAUCUGAUAUUGCUUACUCCACUUGAACUCAUUAAUUUCCUUGAUUCCAGGGAACUACGCAUUAGAAAUCUACAUCUAAGAUUUCAGCAUUUCUGGAAUAAAAGCUUUA